AUGGAUGAAGCUAUGCUCAUAUUUACUGAAAUGCGGGGACAAGGAGUGAGUCCGGAUGUAGUCAGCUAUUCAAAUGUAGUAUCUGCACUUUGUAGAAUGGGUAGGCUUGCUGAUGCUGUGGAAAAAUUUGAUGAGAUGUUUGCUAUGGGAGUACAGCCCAACAAACCUGUUUAUUCGUGCCUAAUUCAGGGUUGUUGUAUGCAUGGUGACUUGGUUAAAGCUAAAGAGUUGCUCUCUGAAAUGAUGAACAAAGGAAUUCCUUGUCCUGACAUUGUGUUCUUCAGUUCAGUAAUAAACUAUUUAUGCAAGGAAGGAAAGGUCGUGGAUGCACACCAAAUCUUCAACUUGUUUAUACACAUAGGUGAGAAGCCUAAUGUCAUUACAUUUAAUUCACUAAUUAACGGAUAUUGCUUAGUUGGCAAGAUGGAUGAAGCACUUAGAGUGCUUGAUGACAUGGUAUUAGCUGGUGUUGAGCCUGAUGUUGUUACAUAUACUACACUUGUAAAUGGCUUUAUAAAAAAUGGAAGGGUCGAUGAUGGUUUGGCUCUAUUCAGAGAAAUGUCGUGUAAGAGAAUUAAACCUAACACCGUUGCAUAUGGCACCAUAAUGGAUGGAUUAUUUCAUGCUGGGAGCACUGAUGCUGCAUAGAAAAUGUUUCAUGAGAUGGUCCAAAAUGGAAUAACAGUCAGCAUUUCCACAUACAAUAUAAUUCUUGGAGGACUUCGCAGAAAUAAUUACACUGGUGGAGCGAUACCGUUGUUCCAGAAAUUAUGUGCAAUGAAUGUGAAGUUUGAUAUUAUAACACUCAAUAUCAUGAUCGAUG